GUUCAACCAAUCCGAUCCUUAAACUACAUUCAAACGUUAACCGCCAUGAUAUUUUAACUUUCUGGCUGCUCUGGGCGACUGUUUUUGUAUUUCAAAUAAGAAAAAACACCGAGGCACGUAAACAUGGAGUCUAAAUUUUCCCACUUUCGCCAACGGGACAGUAGUGUGUCCAUGAUGAGGGUGAAAAUGGCCCGUAGAAUGUCUCAGUCACAGAAGGAAAACAGGGGGAAGGUUGUAGAUGCACGAAGGCAGCUGGACAAGCUCCAGGAGCUGGAAAUGUCAUGUCUGGAUUCCUCUGCGGCUGUGACCAACACGUCAACCAUUAAAGACCGAACAAAUCUCCCUGCGAACUCUGCUAAAUACAAAGCUGUAGAAGAGAGGCUGAAACUGCUUGCACGCUGGAAAGAGAGAAAAGCCCUGGAGAAAGAGAAGCAAAAGCAAGAGAAGGAGCGUAAAGGAGUCUUUAAGACUGGCCUGUAUCAUCCUAAAGAUUUGUCUUUUUUCGCUUUACCUCCCAUACCUGCAGCCUUAACAAAAGCAAAGGAGACAAACACUGCUUCAUCACAGAGUAGCAGAGUCACCCGUUCGAUGAAGCAGCAGCAACCUCUGAAGACACACAAUCCAAAUACAACGGCAAGGAAAGAGAGACCAACCAGGGGAGCUCCUGUCAAAGCGGCUCCAAACAAGACAAACACCUGUGCAGGGCAGUCUACCCUAUCAGGCAACAGACCUGUUACAGCAGCCCCUGUUGUGAAAAACAAGCCCAGUGACAAAUCUUCAGACCAGAGAAUCACAAGGAGCAGAGCCAUGAUUAACUCUGUAAUGCCCCCCUCUGGAAAGGGAAGGAAGUGCAAAGUUGAUAGCAAGCUCAGCAUCCAUCCUGCUGCACCCCAGUCAAAGGAGCAUGAUUAUCUGGUGCCAGAAGAGUCUCAACCCCUCAAGUCAACUACCUGUCCUGAGGAGGAGAAUAUGGUGGUGGACAAAGAACCUACCGAGGAGCCCUCCUCUUUGUCCUCUUUUGCUCCCAAGGGCUUUGUCUUUCAGGCUCCUGUUGGCUUGUCAGCCUUCAAAUUGGAGCCUCUUACUCCUCGCUCAGCAGAUGCCUUUCUUACACCGAGCUCCAGCUUCAAUCUUCCACCUGCCCCUGUAUUCAGUGAUGAACCUCAAGCCGAGCCAAGUGGAUGUUCGCCAUCUAAAUCCCCUUGCCAGUCUCCUCUUCCUCCCAGAGUGGCUUCUCCAGCCCCAAGUAGCCCCCUAGAAUCCAAGCAUGAUGUGCUGUACUUUAGGUCAGAGAUUGCGAGUGAGACGGACAGAUUGACAUCUAUUUGUGCUCAGUGGGAGACUAAAGUAGAAGAUGAGUCUAUUCCUGAAGAAAUGAGAGAUCGCAUGCGUACAGCGAUUGGCCAAGCAAGACUGCUCAUGAAAGAGCGCUUCAACCAGUUCAGGGGUCUGGUGGACGACUGCGAGCUGCACCGAGGGGAGAAGGUCACCACCUGCAGUGACCUGCAGGGUUUCUGGGACAUGGUUUACUUCCAGGUGGAAGAUGUAAACAGGAAGUUUGAUACACUCAGUGAAGUGGAGGCGCGAGGGUGGGUGGAAGAGCACAAGUCGCCGCCACGGCGGCAGAGGAAAGCAGUCAAGAAACCAGCAGCAGCACCUGCCAAGCUAGCAGAAACCAAAGCCGUGGCCAAGUCUCGCCUGGCUGCUGUGAAAGCGGCCAUGAGAGCCAAAAAGCAAGCACAGGAAGCGGCAAAGCCUUCAGGUGAUGCUCUGGACGAAACGUCCCCUCCUGAGGGAGCACAAAGCCAGGCGGUAGCACAACAGCCUGACACUGUGGUCUUCGAUGGAGGCUUCUUCUGUGUGGAGAGCCCAGCCAAGGCAUCCGGCUGCGUGAGAAGAUCCAGCCGCCUGAGUACCGCCAUGCCACCACAGGCCUCUCCCUGCACAAGCUUCCUCACUCCCAGAAGACUGACUCGAUGCUCCCUUGCAUUGGCACAAACUCAUGGGACUCCUGUUCAAGCCAAGCACACCCCCCUCCGCCUUUCCUCCAAAGAAACCUCCAGAUGUACACCAAGGCCGCAGCGCGACAGCCCUCAGCCUUGCCAAAGAGGACAGGCUUCUGUCGACACAUGUCUGUCUUUCUGCUCUUUCACUCAAGUGCCUUUGGGCAGCCCCCAGCUGGAGAAGACCUCUGCACGGCAAGCAGAAAUUGUUUCAAUGCAGGAGUCGGCCAUGUGUGCGCCUCCUACUAUUCCUGUCGCCCAGAAAGAUGAGGAAGCCACCAGACCUGUCAAUACAGCCUUGAGUCUCAUGCUGUCACCCAGCAGUACUCCUUGCCAGCAGCACCCGUCCUCUCCCACUGUGACCGGCUCUCCUGCGGUGCAAAGUUCAAAGGAGAAUCCGAGGUCCAUGUGCACCAUAACUGAUAGCGCUGUUAUUGAGAAAAUUGCAGGGUUGGACUUUGAGCGUUACCUCCGGCCUUCACAGAGAUGCAGCCUGUCACCAGCGAAGCCAGUUUCCAUGGAGACUCUGUCGCCUAUGACAGUUGAUGUGACAAUGGAGAGUCCCACAUGUCAAUCUGGACACCUGACUCGGCAGGAAGAAGCACUGCCAGCACAAUCUUCACCUUUGAGCCUACAGACGACACAGGCCCAGGCAGCAGAGGCAUCUCUGCUUCUCUUCACCCCAAACCCCAAGGACCGGAUACGCCCGUCUGUCUGUCCGAGUGACCUCAUGUAUUUCACUCCUCCCCUUUAAUUUUUAAUCACUACUUACUAUUUUUAAGGGAAAAACAUUGUCUAUGUAGGCAUUUUUUAAAAAGUACACAGUUUGGAUAACUCAGUUUUGUAAUUAAAGAUUGUAGUAAGAGUAAGGACCUGGUCUGGUCAUUAUAAACCUGGGACAAAAAUACCUGAAGCACCACAUUUUUUCUUUUUUGAGUUUAUAAAAUAUUAUCUGAUGAACAAAAAGAUGUGGAACAUAAGGGAAACCACCUAUGCUCAAGUAGCGGUGGAAAAUUUGAAUGAUCAUUCGCUGGUGGGCUAAUAUAGACAGACAGUGUAAGCAUUAACCCAUCAUGUUCAAUCUGUUUUUUACUCUCAGCAGUGCUGAUCACACUAACUGGAGAAGUUUUACCGCAGGGAAGAAAAAGUGGUUGAAAAAGUGAUGGAUCUUCCGACUCCAAGCUUCCUGUUGACAGAAUUUGACCAGUAAUUGUUGCCAUUUACGUGGAACUGCUGGA